AUGACAUUUAGUCCUUACAGCUCUAUUUCUAAAAGGUAAUAAAAAGCUUAAAUCUCAUAAAUAAAGGCUUCUUAGGGAUAAAGCAGUGAAGAUUUAGAUUAAUUAACUCCAGAGGACUUAUUUAUGGAUUAUUCACAAAUAUAGAUUAAGCAAUCGAUUUAAUAAGGAGAUGUUCUAUAAAAUGAUUAUAUGUUUAAUAGAAUUUAGCAUUAAAUGAAAGAUAAGGAAAUAAUCACAAAGAGCUAAAGUUAACUUAUGAAUUAAAACUCAAUGUAAUUAUUUAAUGAUCUCCAGAAUUAUAGCAAUGAGUAGUCCUAGAUAAGUGGAAAUGAUAAUUUUAUUUUUUAAAAGCAGUAAUAAACAAACUAUGCUUAGAAAGUUAAUAGCGAUAUUAACAUGUUAAGCAAUUCCGAAUCAUAUAUUUUAAAUAGCUCAAAAUUCAUUAAUAAUAAUAUAAGCUCAAUAAUUGGAAAUUAUAGUGACAUUGGAAAUGAUAACUCUAACAGUAUAGCAUUUACUAUUAAAUAAGAAAACAAUAAGUCUAGUGAAUAAAAUUUAAUAAAUAUUUAUAACAAUUUAAAUAAUAGCGAGUAACAAAGUAUUUCUUAACAUUAUAAUAAUUAUGUGUAGAGUGGCUAAAAUGCAGCAAAUCAUCGCAAUACAAACGAAUUUACCAGAUAAUCUUUAAAAGAAUAAAUCUCUUAGAGACUUGAAAACUCAAAUCAAAAUACUAACUUCUACAAAAAAGUAGUUAAUUAAGUUGGCGAGUUGAAAGAUAAUUAAAUAAUUAACGACUAUAAGGAAAAACAAAUAGAUAGGGUCUAAUUAAAAGCUAAUAAUAACUCAAAUGUAAACUUACAAGGAAUAAUUUCAAAAAAUAAUUACUAAAAUAAUAAUCAAUAUAACAAAAUACUAGCUAGAAGAGCUAGUAUGAAUGAUUAAUCUUCCAUAAUUUCUCGUAAGCAAAAUCAAAGUUACCAAAGUUUAUUUACGCAAAGGCAAACUUCAUAAAUAAACUCAAAUAUUGAGAGCCUUUAUGAAAAUAACAUGAAAAAUUAAUGUGUUGAAAAUUUUCAAGUAUAAAAUCCUUUUUCUAAAAUGAGCCAUUUAUAGCUUGAUUAGAUUAAUUCUAACUAACCGAGUAUUUUAAAAAAAUAAUUGCUUUUUAGCAUGAUAGUUGAAACACCAGAUGCUCGUUAAGAAGUGAUCAACGUUUUUGAAGAUGAUCAGAUUUCUAGGUUAGCUUAUGAUUUUUGCAUUAAAAAUAAUAUGGAUUUAUCUAAAUACUGCAAUUUCAUAAUUGAAAGAUUACAAGAAGCUUUAAACCACUAUAAUUCAUUCUAAACUCCUAAAAAUAAAACUAAUAACAAAUAAAAUAAUGUAUUCUCAAAUAAUAAUGCUCAAAAGUUUGUGAAUAACUAAGAAUCAGCAGUGUUUUAAGUAACUUAAAAAGGAAUCACUCCAUUAGUUAGCUUAGAAAGUAAUACGUUUGAAUUUUGCUCUUAAAAUUCAUUUUAAAACUUUGGUAAUUAAGGCAAUUUUAUUUAAAAUUAAGAGAAUAGUGUUUAAAUAUAAAAUAAAUCUUAAAAUGUUAACUGUUCAGUUUCUGAGCAGGUGUUUGAGUUACCUUAUAAAUCAUUAAUUUAUGAAUUAAAGCUUUCUGACUUGUAAGAAGAUUGUGAUUUGAAAAAAGAUUAAAAUAGCUAGUUUUUAAAAUAGAUACCAAAUUAGAAAGAUGGUUAAACAAAUGAAAAGAAAAAAUAAACAGAAUCAGAUGAGGAUAAUAAUUAAAUCAGUACAAAGGUAGAUCCGAACUCAGUUGCAGCAAUAACUAUAACAUUAAAUCCGAUAGAAAAUAUAACAUAAAAAAUGAAUGAAUAAAUAAAUGUAAAAAAUAUUUUUGAGGAUCAAAUAUAAUCAUAAUACUAAAAUAUUGAAUUGCUAAAAUAAUGCAUUUAAAAAUCUCUAGCAUAGUAAUAAAAUAUUCAAUAAGAAUUUAAUCGUAGAAGGAAUAAUUAUUCUCUUUAGUAUGAAUCAAACAAAGCAUAUAAUAGUGUAGAGAAAUCUCCAUUACAGAAAUCUAUCAAUUAAGAAAGUCCAAACACCAAGUAAUAACCUCAGAAUGAAAAUGAUUAGUCAAGUAACCAUUUUAAUCGUUAUGAUAUUUUGAAGUAUCAAGAAUCUCAAGAGUCAGCUCGAUAGAGUAAACAAUUUUAAUUUAAUUAGAAAGCAAGUUACUCCCUUGAAAAAUAUCAAUCAAGUAAGAAGGAACAAGCAAUUUAAUCAGGUAAAUAUUCUGUAAAGAUUAUUUCCCCUGUAGAGGAGAUGAAAUACAACGAUGUGAGUGAAUUCGUACUAAGAUAAUCAGAAAACUAAUAACUGCUCGAGAAUUAAUCUUAAAAUUUAAAACUAGCUGCACACCUCAAUGUUAAAAAUUCUAGUUUUUACUCUCCAACCUCAAUGAAUUCAGUCGAAAUUGGAAACUAAAAUGCUAUUAAAGAGCACAAAGCUUUUUUCUUUGGUUUAAAUUAAGAGCAAGAUCAAAUAAAUUAGUUUAAUUCUUAAAGCAAGAAACAUGAUUUAAAAAGUGAUUUAAUUUAAGCACAAAAUCUAUUAAAAAACAAAGAUGUUAAAGUUUAAAAGUAAAAUAUGAGCAGUCUAGCUUCACAAUUUGAUGAUUUUAAGAACUAAGAUACAAAUUCAUUAAAGAGUGAUCUAGAUAAAAUAUAUAGUAAUUAAGAUAUUUAGAAAUCUUAGCUUUAAACAACGAAUAAUAAAAACUACAAUAACAGCUAAUAAAACAGAGAGAUUUCAAAUAUGUUUGAUGGAAUAACAAAUUACUCUUCUAUCCAAAAAGAUAAAUAAUCUAUAAAUACAGAGUCUCUAAGAAUUUUUGAUGAAAAAUAAUAAGAAAUAUUACCUGGUUUAUACAAAGUCUGCUAAACGAGAAUAGAAGAAGAUGAAAUACAUAACUAAAGAAUAUUAUAGUAGAUUAACGAAGAAGCAGGAACUUUUAAUACUAAUAUUCCAUUUAAUAAAUAUAAAUUUGAGAAUUAUCAAUAAUAUGAGUAGAAUCAUGAAGGUAAUCAACCUAUUUAUUAACAAGAAUUCGAUAUUUGUUAGCAUGACAAGCAGAUAGUCAGCAAAUAGCAAGGUAACUUUAUAAUUCUAUCUUAAUAGUAGAUUGACUAAUCUUAAUUGGUAAAUAAUUAAGAUGAAUAAUAAUUGACAGAUAUAACUUAAUAAGUAAUUUCAAAAUAAAAAGAGUUUUAGCAAUAAAAUUCAGGUUAUAAGAAUUAACAAGCUAUAUCAAUAUAAAAUAAUAAAAAUUAGUUAUAUAAUAGUGCCAGUAAUAAAAAAAUUUAAUAUUAAUUACCACCAUUAUCUUCUAAUAGUAAAGGGCAUCAUUAGAAUAGUAAUAAUUUGAGUGUAUAAUCAAGCAACAGAUCAUUAGUAAAUUAAAAUCUAUCUUCUGUAAAAAGGAAUCUUUUUAGUUAGAAUCACUCUUAAAAGAAUUUAAAUUAAAACUAGAUUUAAUUAAAAUAGUAAUCUUUGCAAUAUCAAAAUGAAAAUCAAAGCUUUGCAUAAAGCAAUUUAUCAACAGCAAGAGGAUCCUCUUGCAUAUCAUCCAAAGGUUAUGAUAGCAAUUAAACAUAAUAAAAAACACCUAAUACAAACCGCAAUUAUACUAACUAGUAAAUCAACAUAUUUACUGCAAGAGGAUCUGAAAAUUAAACUCAAAGGAACUAAGAUAGUUUUUAAAUAUUGCAGUGUACUCCUAAUACUAAAAAUUCAAUCCAGCAGAAGAGAAAUAACAUGGAAAAAUAAGAGAACUUUGAUUAAAUUAAGUAAACUAUUUUUAAUAGUAUUAUGAAGAGUAAUCCUUCUUAAAUUUUGAGUGAUGUUAAAUAAGUUAAACUUAAUAUCUCUCCUUUUAUCGAAUAAAAUAAAUUAAAUUAGCAACUUUAAGGCCCAUAUAGCGAACUCUACUAAAAAUAACUGUUCAAGUAAUAAUAACAACAAUUACCAAGAGAAUAAUCUUUAAAACAAAAUCUUUCAAAAGCUUCUUUAAAUAAAUAAAAUAUAAAUCAAAAAUAGAAGAAUAAUAGUCUUUUACAUAAUUAAUCCAAUCAAUAAUUAAAUAAUAAUUUUAAAGCUAAUAAUUAGCAAAUAUAAAAAAGGAGCUCUUCAUUUAACUUAGGAAGAUCUAAAUAAAAUUAAAGUGAUAAUAGCUUUUACUCAAAACAAAUUUUAAAUAAUAGCAGUACAUCCUUAAAUAAAAUUAAAUAAAGCAAGUAAGAAAUAUAAAAGGUGAACUAAGAAGUAUCUUAAAGUAUAAAUGAAAAAUCUAAUUUUAACCUUAAUUUUAAGUAGAGGAUUUAUUAAAUAUUUUCAGUAUUGGAUAGUGAUCAUGAUGGAUAUAUUUCAUCAGAAAAAAUAGACAUCAAAAGUGUGAAUGAUCUUGUGCUGUUUAUCAUCACUCCUAUACUAAUAGAGGUACUAUGUAUAAAUAGGAGUGUGAAUGUAGAAGAAUUUAGCUGUGCAUUUUUAAAGCUAUUCUUUCAUCUUCCAAAAUAAUAAUAAUAAAUAAUAAUUGACUAAAAUGUUGAGAUUAGUUGGAUUAAUGAUGAGUUUGGAAGCUUGCAAAACUUAGAGUUCUUCAACUUUAACUCUCCACUAUUUUAAUAGUAUAUAGAUAAAAAAAAUACUAUUUAAAAAGCAAGUAAUAAAGAGCAUAAUUGGAUGCUAGAUCUUACCAAUAAAGAAUUUUUAGAGUUUUAUGUUAGUAAUUUUAAGAGUUUAGUGAAUGAAACUAAUAAAUAUUUAUAGUGA